AAAAAUAUUCUAUUCAUCUCUAUCUAUCUGACAGAAACUCGAACUUUAUUGACCCUUCCAUAUUGACUUUUCACGAUUAGACACGACUCAACUUUCGGACGGUUCUCCUUAGCGAACGUCAAGACUUGUUUAUAUGAUCGUGGUCAGCCUUGUAUUGUAUACAAUGAUUUGUACUGUAUUUGUUAUUAGAUUUACAUAACCUUAAAGCAUUAGAAGACCUAGUUGUCACUUAAAAAUUGUAUAUAAACAUUAAUAAAAUACUGUCGAUCGUUGGCACCACAUCUGUUAAUAUGUACAAUAAUAACAUGAAAUUGCGCAAACAACAAAAAUAAUCCAUACAUUAAUAAGCGAAAGCGAACACGAAAACGAGAAAUAGUGAUAGAAACUAACCGCAAAUCUCUAUAAUGAAAAGUAAUUAACGAAACAAUAAUGGAUAAAAUUUUAAGAAAUACAUUACCUAUUAGUCGACAAUUAUUACGUACGUCGUCAAUAACAUAUCAAUAUUCGAAAAUUUUUAAAGAUUGUGUUGCAUGUAUGUAUACAGAAUACAAUAAUGUUAUAUUAAGAUCAAAUCUACUUCCUGUUAAAAAAACGUUUAAUAUUAUACAAAAUCGUACAAUGUUUAUACAAACUCAAGACACACCAAAUCCAAAUAGUUUAAAAUUUAUACCUGGAGUUAAAGUGUUAGAAACAGGUCAAACUAAGGAUUUUCCUAAUGCUACAGAUGCAUAUUGUUCACCACUUGCAAAAAUGUUAUUCCGUAUUGAUGGUGUAAAGUCUGUAUUUUUUGGUCCUGAUUUUAUUACAAUAUCAAAAGCUGAUGAAGAUGUUGAGUGGAAAUUAUUGAAACCAGAAAUAUUUGCUGUCAUAAUGGAUUUUUUUGCAACUGGCUUACCUAUAUUAACCGAUGAACAGCCUGCAACAGAUACUCAAAUUAGUGAGGAUGAUAGUGAAAUAGUACAAAUGAUAAAAGAAUUAUUGGAUACUCGAAUACGACCGACAGUACAGGAAGAUGGAGGUGAUAUUGUAUUUAUGGGCUUCGAAGAAGGCAUAGUGAAAUUGAAAAUGCAAGGUUCCUGCACAAGCUGUCCAAGUUCUGUGAUCACUUUAAAAAAUGGAGUUCAAAAUAUGAUGCAAUUUUAUAUUCCAGAAGUGCUUGGAGUAGUGCAAGUGGAGGAUGAAACUGAUCAAAUCGCAAAAAAGGAGUUUGAAAAGUUUGAAGAAAAGAUUAAAAACUCUAAACCUAGUGAAAAGUAGACUUUUAAUCAUUGUUUUGUAAGAGCAUAGUAUAUGUAGAAAUAAAUUAAACACUUGUUCCUUUU